AGAUAAUUCCAGAUAUAAUCAGCCGAUAAUUUUAAAGUGUAUUUAUUUCAUCAUGAUUCGUGCUACGUGCAUUAUCUGCCUGCUGGGUGUUUUUGCUCUAACAAACGCCCAGAGGGUGACUAUUCCCAAUGGGGUUAUACAGGGCCGGCAUGAGUACUCCCAAAGGGGCAUCAAAUUCUUCGCUUUCCAACAAAUCCCCUUCGCGGAACCCCCGAUAGGACCGCUAAGGUUCAGGGAUCCCGUACCGGCUAAAAGCUGGAGCGGUGUACUAGACGCGACGAAAAACGACAGAAUAUGCUACCAACAAAUCAAAUCGCCCGGCGUAUCUUUAGAAAACGAAGAUUGCCUGUAUUUGAACGUCUACACUCCGGUGGAACCGUCUACAAACCAAUCCCUACCGGUGAUGUUCUACAUAUUCGGCGGAGGUUUCGUCAACGGCACCUCUCACUUCGACAUUUACGGCCCCCAUUAUUGGAUGGAACAAGAAGUCGUGGUGGUUACAGUCAGUUACAGAGUCGGACCAUUCGGUUUCCUCUCCACCGGAGACUUGGUGAUUCCCGGCAACUACGGCCUGAAGGACCAGCUGUUGGGUUUGAAGUGGGUGCGGGAUAACAUCAAAUACUUCGGCGGCGAUCCUGCUAAAGUCACGAUCUUCGGCCAGAGCGCCGGAGGAGAUUCCGUGACCUACCAGAUGAUGAGCAGCAAAUCCAAAGGUUUGUUCAGAGCUGGUAUAUCCCAAAGCGGUUCGGUGCUUUGCCCUUGGGGGUACCAGAGGCACCACAAGGACCUCGCUUAUGAUUUGGCGUCUUUCGUGAAUCCGAAUUUCAAUCGCGAGAGCAGCUCCGAAGAGUUGCUGAGUUACUUGCAAAGCGUUCCUGCUAGAGAUCUCAACAGCGCGGCUGCUGGUGAUUAUCCGCAAAUUUGGUACGACAAUCAAAUGGCCCAAGGGUUCACUUUCACUCCUACCAUCGAGCCCGAGCACGAAAAUGCCUUCAUAACAGAAAGAAUGUACGAGGCCUUAGAAAGCGGUCAUAUGCAGAAGGUGCCUCUUAUGAUCGGCAUAUGCUCCGAGGAAUUAAUAUGGAAUUUCUCCGAUAUGGAGAGUUUUAGCAGCUGGGCGCAAGCCAUAGACAACAAUCUCACCUAUUUAGUGAACGACAACAUGGGCUUAACCGACGAUUCCAGCAGGAAGGAAGCAGGAGCUGCUAUUAGAAGGAUCUACACUAAUACCUCUUUCUACGAGCAUCCCGGAAAAUUAGUACAAUUUUUCAGCGAUAAUUCGUUCGGGCGAGGGAUAAUUCACCAUGCAAAGGUGCAAUCGAAAUUCAGCGAUGUAUAUUUCUACCAAUUUUCCUAUAUAGGGAGCAUGCCUGGGCAGCAUCCUUACGUUCCAGAGGCGAAUCGGGUGGCCCAUUCUGAUGACAAUUCCUACCUGUGGGUGUACCAUAAUAAUUCUAAUUUGAACCAAAUGCCACCUGGAGAUAUAUUAACUAGUGAAAGAUUGAGGAUUCUAUUCAGCAAUUUCGCCAAAUAUCUCGAUCCAGUACAUGAUGGAACCGAUAUUUUGGGAAUCGAAUCCUGGCCUAAACUGGAACCCAACAAUUUCCAAUAUCUGGACAUCAACGAAACCCUUACGAUCAAAAAGGACCUCAAAAAGGACGUUCACGAUGGAUGGGUGGACGUGUACGAAAAAUUAGCCGUCAAACCAUUCGAUACUUUUUGAACUUUGUGAACUACCGAUAAUAAUAAAAUGACUAAUUGCAGUUGUUGUUAAAUUAAGUUAUUUAUAGUUGAUCAGU